AUGCAGUACCUGACUUUUGCAAUCGCCUCUGCUUUCGCUCUCGCUUUUGGUGCUUCUGCUCAAAUGCCAAACGUCCCUCAGUGCUUGAUGAAGUGCUUUGACGACUCUGCGAAGACCGCUGGCUGUAGCAGCAGUAUGGAUUUGCAGUGUGUAUGCACCAACGAAGAAUUCACCAAGGCUGCGAUAACAUGUGUUUUAAUGCAAUGCAACGCUGAGGAGCAAAAUACCGCAUCAACCUUGAGCCAACAGUUCUGUGGUUCACUUGCAGGCAAUUCCACCUCCACUGUUUCAGGCACCGCGACAGGAACUAGCACGUCGGCGCCGGCAGCCAGUAGUAGCGCUGGUUCCGGCACGAACGCCGGGUUUGUUGAGAGUGCAAACGUGGGACUGCUGGUUGCAGGCUUAGGAAUGACUUUAUUUUCUUUGUAA